AUGACAAGAACAAACAAAUGGAACGUCAAUGAACAGAAAGCCCAAGAAUCAAAAUGGUUUACUCAUCAUGGUUACUAUGACAGUGAUCCAACCAAGACAAAAAAGGAAGGUGCUGGUAAUUUCAAUUGGGGUAAACCAGGUGAUGAACUAGAUGAUGAAGAUAUUAAAAUGUAUAAUAAAUCUACAGUUAGAAGAAAUUCAAAUCAUGAAACUAAUCAAGAGAAAUUACGCGAAUUGAAUCAAAAAUUAGAUAAUGAAAUCUUUGGUGGUGAAUCUGAAAGUUCUACUACUGCCAAUUCUUCUGCUGCUCUCAAUCAUGACGAAAAAUAG